AUUUGUCGAAGCUCCCCGCGCUAAAGAACCCCACCAUCAUUCUUUCUCAAUUCUCCGGACACAGAACCACGAGAAGCAACCGCCAUUGAUCAGAGCUGCUUGCGUUGGAAAGUAGCCUAGGCGAAUCAUCAGUUCCUGCGAUGAGCAUUUGCUAAUUCUUCCGUACAACUUUUCUACCAAUUGUUGUCAGUGACAUUCUGGUGUACUGACGUCAGAGCUAUCUUAGCUUUCGCUUCCAAGGACGCCAGCUGCAAGCAGAGAACAACCCACCCAUCUUUUCUCUUUGUUUCUUUGUUUCUUUCUUUUUUUAUAAAAAAAAGGUUACAAGCUGUGAGCCUUUAUUGCAAUUACAAUGGCCGAACAGCGAGUAAAUGUUCAUAUACCGUCUUACCCUGCCGUCCUAGAUAGCGUGCGACUCCGCGAUAUUGAGCUCCCUCUCCCUGCUGCACCAGAGGCAUGGCAUCGGCUUGGGAAGCCGCAGCCGUGCACCGCGUCUCUGAAAUUAUCUUACUCGUCGGCCGUUGCAGCUGCCAAUGCGGAUGAUGUCUCUCUUUCUAUCGACUAUGGGAAGCUUUAUCGCCGGUUAGAAGAAGACAUUCGCAAUAUGGGGCAGCAUGAAGAACAUCCAGGGAAACGGAUGAUUAGCCUGGAAGGCAACCGACGAAAUUCGAUGAUGAAGAAUGAUGUUGGUCAGGAUGUACGACUGACGGCGGCCAUUGUUGCGAACUGCAGCUUAGGGUUACUCGAUGAGACUACGGCCGGGGUUAGGAGAAUGUCACACUUGCACAAUGCCGCCAAUCAAGCACCACCCUUGGCAUCCCCUAUUGACGGUGUCUUUGGUCGAUGUGAGGUUUGGCUACAUCUCCCCAAGGCCCUGCUGCGUGCGGAAGAAGGCCUGAAAUACCGCAGCGUCACGGUUUGGGGUUACAAGCAAGACAACGAAGUUGUGGGCAAUCUUCAGGAUUCUGAACGGUGCCCUGUGGUUCUGGAAGAGGAAUUCCGUAUUGAGGGCAUAAGAUGCCAUUGUAUCCUUGGUGUCAAUUCCCAUGAGAGAGUUGAGAAGCAGGCUGUGAUCGUUUCGCUGGAGUUUAAGGGCCCGGGCCAGUUGGCAUGGGGAUCAACUGUGGUAGACACUUACCAGGAAAUGACUAGAACUGUCGCAGAGCGCGUUGAGGAAACCUCCUUCCAAACCGUGGAGGCACUAGCGACUUUUGUCGCGCGCAUAGUGACAGUUGAGUUCGCCAAUGAGCGCGUGACAGUUCGAGUAGAGAAGCCUAGCGCGUUGGCCUUUGUGGGAAGAUCAGGAAUAGAGAUCACCCGGUCACUGUCAUUCUUUGAGAGAUCCGAGAUGGAUGGAGGGCGGGUAUAGAGCCUAGUCUUGCAGCUUGCUAUACUCAACAUCCUCUCCGUGGUCCGCCCGAACACCGCCCAUGACGUCAUUUGAGACUUGCGAUGGACUCCGCAGUCAAUUCGUAGUCAGAUCUACCAAGCUACUACCAGCAUAAUUGUAACGGUUGAUGUUUCUGUCUGUUGAAUGAGGUAAAAGUAGGACCCAAUGACUGCCGCACGUGAAGACCCGCGGUCCCUGAUCGGGCUAGUGCUGCUUAGCACCGGAGCACGCUGAUUGGUCCCCGGAUCAAUGGCCAAGCGGACUUUUUUUUUAAUCAAGUAAUAAUAA